AUGCUAUAUUUCGCCUCUGCUUUGAGGAAGUAAUCCCAAUUACAUAUAUAUAGGCCUCACACAUACAAACCUAAUGCACAAUUAAAAAUGUCAUCAUCUUCAAAUUUCUUCAAAUCGCCACAACUAUCCCAAGACUUCAAAGAGUUCCUCUCCACUCUACCCAAAGAAAAUGGACUCGAAAAAGACCCUCUCUACCUCUAUCAAGGUUUCUGGUACUUAGACGUCUUUCUUGAAGGUGCAAUUUCAAUCCAACAACAUUUCCAAGCGGAGGAUUCCGACGUCUUCGUCGCUUCCACUCCGAAAUGCGGCAGCACGUGGUUGAAGGCGAUUGCAUUCGCCCUACUGAACCGGAGACGGCACCCUACCCAGGGACGGAGCCAAGCCCCGGGCAUGAUCCGGCAAACGCCCGACUCCGUCCCUGACCCUACCGCCUCCGGAGACCACCCCCUCCUCUCCACCAACCCUCACAACCUGGUGCCCUUCCUCGAGAUUGGCCUCUACGGCGGCAACAAAGCCCUCGACAUCGCCUCGUUCCCCUCCCCUCGCCUCCUCGCCACACACGUGCCGUAUUCCUCCCUGCCGAAGUCGAUCAGGAGCAGCGGCUCCAAGUGCAAGAUCCUGUACGUGGCGAGGAACCCGAAGGACGCCUUCGUGUCGAUGUGGCACUUCCUGGCCAAGGCGAGGAAGCUGGACUUGACGAUGGCGGAGGCGUUCGAGCUAUUCUGCGAGGGAUUGAGCGUCUAUGGCCCAUUUUGGGAUCAUGUUCUUGAAUAUUGGAAGCAAAGCUUGGAAAACCCUGAGAGGGUUUUGUUCCUCAAGUACGAGGAUAUGAAGGCGCGGCCGGCUGUGGAGGUGCGCCGCGUGGCGGAGUUCCUCGGCUGCCCCUUCUCUGCGGAGGAGGAGGAAGCUGGGGAGGUUGAUCGGAUCUUGGAACUGUGUAGCUUUGAAGGUCUCAGAGGUUUGGAAGUGAACAAGAAAGGGAAGGUAACGGUGACUGGUGUGGAUAACAGUGCUUUCUUUCGUCGAGGAGAGGUGGGGGAUUGGAAGAAUCAUUUAUCUGCAGAGAUGGCGAAGAGGAUUGAUCGGAUUGUUGAAGAGAAGUUUUCUGGAUCAGGAUUAUUCCUAUAAAUAUUAUAAUCCUCCAAUAUAUUUCUGUGUGUGCUUGUUGAUCCAAUGAUCGCGUGGUUAAUGCUUAAAGUUAAAAGCUUUCUCGUUUGAACUA